CGAGGUCCGACAUUCUUCUACAGUUAUGUUCUUUCGCCUUGCGCUGUAAGAAGGAAGUCCGCAAAGCACUGCGAAACGAGCUUCGACCUUAGCUCCAAUGGCUUCUCCAACUUCAGAGGCAGAAUCGGCUGGAAAUAGAAACCUUCUCUCUCUUUACUCCAACUAUAUCUGGAAUCGUCUGCACGGUUUGUAUGCAUUCAUCGGCACGUUCUACAACCUUCAUAACGUGGCUGCUCGUUUUAGAUCACGCAAACGUCGGGAAUGCCUCCCUCUGCCAUUGCCUUCCAGCUCGCUGGACUCUUCUUUGUUUAUGAGUAAGCCAUCUAGAGCGUAUGAUGUUUUGGAGGAUAUAUUUGAACAUGUUCUGAAAAAUUUGCAUAGCAUUCAAAAGAAUCUGCAGUUUUGGCAGUCCAGAGCGGAGAAAUCAGAUGCUAGCAAAGCAUAUUUCAUGAUUCUUGAGAGAGGUCCAAGGGCUUUUAUUGAUGAAACAGUUCACUUGUUGCGUGGACAUGAAGCUAAUGGUUCUUCCAUACAGCAGCUGAGUCAAUCUGCAUCUGUCUAUAUAAACGAGAGAGUAACUGUCUUAAGUACCUUAAGAUAUUCACUUGCCACGUUCUUGGCUCAGGUUUAUUUUGAAGUUGAUAGAACUGGAGAGGAGUUAGUAAAGGAUCCAGAGCAGAAACUGCCAUCUUUAUUGGGUACAAUUAACGAUUUGUUCACAACUUUAGAAGCAUCUAUUGGACACAUACAUGCAAUGCGCCAGAGUGAUUCUUCUGUCGAUGGGACCUAUUCUUUUCCUCUGCUGUUUGAGAAGCUGCCGGAAAUAAAUCAUGAGGGGUCUCAAUGGACAGAUUGUGAAAUUAGCGAUGCUAUCAAUUCUGUUUAUCGAAAUUUGCACAAGCUGGACAGUUAUAUUUCUGUACUUGUUACCAAACACAGAAAGCCAAGGAAAAUAACUCAAUAUUGGAUCCGCUAUUCAUGUGGUGCAGUUGGUUUGUCAGUUUGCUCUAUCUGGCUCCUACAACGUAGUAGAUUGAUGGGAAGUUCAGAUAUUGACAAUUGGAUUCGAGAAGCCAAGGACUCAACAACUAGCUUUUAUACAGAACAUGUUGAGCAACCGCUUUUGUCUAUCAGAGAUGAACUUUUUGAGACAUUCAGGAAGAGGCAUGAAGGUAUAAUGGAACAAGAAGAGGUGAAGUUAACUUCCGACUCACUACACAGAAUGUUACUGGCAUUCAGUGAGCAGAUUAAAGGUGAAAAGUUACCUGAAAACGCCUCAGAUCAGGAAAUGCUUGAAAUAGUUAUGGCUCGGUAUGAGAAGGAACUGACGCAUCCCAUUCAGAGCCUUCUUGGUGGAGAGCUGGCUCGGGCUUUGCUUAUUCAGGUUCAGAAGCUCAAACUAGAUAUUGAGACGGCAAUGCUUGAGCUGAACCAAAUACUACGGGCAAAUGAAAUCAACUUUGCGGUUCUUGCUGCGUUGCCUACUUUUUUUCUCUCUCUCUUACUUAUCAUGGUAGUACGUGCAUGGUUCAAGCAGGACAAAAAAGCUGAGGGUAGAGGUAGAAUUGCUCGGCUUCAAAGGAGGCUUCUUGUGGUGGAGGUUGAGAAAAGGAUUAUGCAAUGCCAAAAUUUUGCUGAGCGAGGGAUGGAGAAAGAUGCACAAUGCAUGUUUGGAUUGAUAUUAUAUAGCCUGAAUCGCCUCUAUAGUUCUGUAAAGGGCCAUGCAGAAGCUUCUGGCGAAUGGCAAUACUUGCGACAGGAUAUAAUUGAUCUGGCGAGUCCGAACUUGCCAACUGCAUACAAGCUUACAGUGACUUCACGCAUGGAGACCGUGUAUGAUUGCCUACUUCCUGUAUUAAGUCGCAAGUAAUGUGCUUUAAUGUUUCUUUCUUGUUUUCCUUCUCUUUUCCUUUCCUUUAUUUUUUCAAAUGGUAGCUUCUCUCUUAGAUCAUCAAUGCCAUUUUUGGAUUUGCAAACUGUCUGAAAAUAUAUUAGACUUUAUGAGAAGGCCAAUUCUUAUA